GGUCCGCGGGACACGUAAGUUAUGCAUGGAGAAAGCAUUUUAUUGUUAGCAAAUUGACCUCUCACUUUUAUUUAUUCUGCGUGCUUUUAAUGUUUCCGAAACGCUAAAUAUAGUACGCUUGUCUUUGCGAGUGUGCAUGUGAGAAAUAGUGCAAUUCACGUCCAUUAUUCAAGUGUUUGGAGCUUUCGCGAUGACUGUGGCAGAUGAAUAAGAUCUAAACUAUGUUACAAACUAUACUACAGUUCACCAGAGUUUGAGUGUUUAGUUAAAGAUGUGAUGAUGGUCUAACUAACCCGUCCAGAUGUGCAGUCGAGGAGGAGCGAGGAGUUCAGUUCUGGACAGGGCGAAUGCUCAGCUCUCAGGACAGAGGAUUUCCAUUAUCUCUAAAGACAAAAGAGAUGUGGGAAACUUUAGAACGGUGGGGCCACAAACCACACAGACUCAGUUUUCAGACCUGAGCGAUGUCUCUUCCACCUCACAAAGUAAAAAUCGUGAUGAUCAGUAUGAUCUUGGAAAGAAGGCAUUGGAGAACUCCAGUAUGGGUGGUGGGAGCCGAUUUCUGAAGAAGACCACUAGAGAUGCCACCAGAGACGGACGCUCAAGUCCUGGCGGGACUCCUGCUGGAACAGACACGCUUGAGUUUAUACCUCAACGCAGUUCACAGAGCGCGGCUUUGAGCAGACUCUCGCUCAUCGAGAACCGCUUUAGAAACCAGAAGGUUAAAGGGGACGGACCUGGUGUCCAGACAGAACCACAGGGUACACAUCUAUCACUCCAGUCCAGCAGCGAUCUUAGCAUGACCGGAAGUCGUUUUUUGAAGAAAAAGAUACCAUCUGAACCUCAAGAGCAGAAGGUUCCUCAGAAAACACAGUUGAAUGCUGUUACACGUGGUGUGAAUGAACGUAACGGAAGGACAUUUAGUCCGGACAGUGAUGAACAAGACAUGCAAAGACUUUUAGGAGAUUCUUUCAGUUUAUCAGAAGAUAUCGUGCGAAAACCAGCAAGUCCUCAACCGGUUCAUAAGUUAUACAGGAAGAGCAGUAAAACGUCUAGUAUACCUUCUCCAACUUCUGACAGACAUAACCGACAGAAUCAAGAGCUUUACAGUCGCGUUCAACCUUCACCAUCACCAUCACCUAAUUCCUCCAGCAGACCGGUCUCACGCAGGGUCGUGUUCGCCGAACGGUCAGUGUCUUCUGAAUCAGACCACAGUGAGAUCAGAUCGCUGGAUGAUCUCUUUCCUGUUGCUGCUGCUGCGUCGGAUUUAGAUGACACUGUGAGCGAGAGGAGCGCGGCAUCUGAUGAUUUUAAACUUCAGGUAAUGUCGCUAGAUGAUCUGGCCCCCGUCCUCUCUGAGGUGUCUGAAAUCUCGCUCGACAAGAUUGAAACGAAAGCCAAAACAGAAGACAAUAUCAAAAAGUCAUCCUAUAACAUCUCAACGGUUGAUUCCCCACCCGCACCGGAACAAAUUUCCGCAGCCUACGAGAGCGAUUUCGAAAGCGAGAUCCCAUCUGAAGAGCCACCGAGCGCCAGCGAGAUCUCCGAACAUCUCACAGAUGAAGACGUGGUCAGCGAGGCUCAGUACAGCUCCUACAAAUCUCAGGAUGAUGAUGACACUUUAUCGGAAUCAUCUCGCUCAUCCAGUUGCCAUAGAGAUUCUUACUCAGAAUCUUCAUCACAGUCAGGUUCGGAUGAAACGGUGACUCAGGGUCCCAGUCCUGACCGUCAGGUGAAGGAGGCCGCUGUACAGACGCAGACAGACGGACUGACGUACCCGUCAUCAGGUUGGUUUUUGUUGUCUGUAAAUGUGAUCUUGACAUGUUUUGGUGAGAUUUUCUUGAUCGGUCGGUUCACAGGCAUGGCUGGUGCAGGUCCAUCUCUGGGAAUGACUUAUGUGGAUCCGACUCUGAUAGCCAGUCACAUGGUCAGCGCUGAAGCCAUGGAGAGCCUGACGUCCUACAGUCCCGCCAUGUUAGCUCUGAACGACAUGUUACGGCAGCAGUUGGCCCUCACCAGGGCUUUUAUAGAAUCUACCCGACAUCAUUACACAUCAGUGCUGGAAUCACUGGGACCUACCAACUACAAAUACACCACACUAGAGGACACUAAAGAGUUCAUCCGCACUCACAGGCCACCCAAACUGAGCAUUGAAGAAGCUCUACAGGAAGUUCUGAAGGAAAUGAGAGACUAUCAUUACAAUUAAAGAGAGUUCAUCCCCCCCAAAAUUCUGUCAUUUAUUCUCAGCUUUCUUGAACACAUAAGAUGUUUUGAGAAAUGUCUCUGUGGUUUUGUGUUCAUACAAUGGAAGUCAAUGGGGUUCAGUGUUUUGGUAAUCAACGUUCUUAGAAGAAA